CAAAGAUGGCGCCAGUUCUUUUGUUAGUGAAAUUUCUAAGAUGGCCGCCUACCGUUUAUUCGUGUAAAAUUUAGCGAAAAAACUCAAACAAACCCGUCUAUAAUGAUUUUUAUGCCAAAAAUUCAAAGAAUUCGUAACGUGAGCGCUAAAAGAGUGUUAAAAAAAUUUGAUUUAUUUAAGUUGACUGAUUUAUUUUAGUGAUUAUAUGUGUUAUUGUCCACCAAAAACUGUCUAAAAUUAUGGAGCCAUAUUUAUGAUUAUAUAUUUCUCAUGUUCAUAAGUUUAUACAACAUUUAUAAAUGAGAGAUGGGAUGGGUACUUGCGCCCAACUAGUCUCCCUCUCAACUUCGAGCUCAACGUUGCCAUUUAGGAACAAUGGAUCCAGUGGGUCCGUGGUCCGCGUACGCGCAGUAUAGUCGUGCGGGGUUGGCCGGCGUGCAAGGCACGGCGGCCGCCGCCGCCGCCGCCGGCGACCUGCACCACCACCUGUCGACUACGGCCGCGGCCGCUGCAACCGGCUCGCCUGUCACCACCACCGCUCAGCUGCUGCCCGGCGGCUUUCUGCCGCCCACGCCGGUCGCCUACGAAGCCGUCUUCUCGCCCUUCGCCUUGCACCAUGCAGCAGCAGGAGCAAAACCAUCAGCACAUUAUGUUCAACAUAGACAGGCUUUAGCCCAGGCUCAGGCCCAAGCCCAGGCUGUGGCAGCUUCGAAACAGGGGGAUGGAGAGUUUCAAGCGCCUGCGUUUUUUGAACAAAAUCCAGGUGCGGGCUGGCCCCAAAACUCCCCGUUCGGCAUCCUGCCCCACGAGAGCGUUGUGGCGACGACGACCGCCACCGGCAAGUCGGCGUACGAAAACUUCAGCCCGGCUCAUUUUGCCGCCGCUCAAAGCUUGAACCACCUCAACUCGCAGCUGGCAGCCAAUGCGAAGACGGGGGCGGCGAGCGCGCGCGCCCAGAGCCCCCAGGUGUCGACGGCCUCAUCCAAAAACACCACACAAAACUCUAAUUUCUUUCACGGCCAACCCAACACAUUUGCCGAAAGUUCCUCGACCAGCACGAAAACUUUCACCUCCUCAAACAACUCCACGAACCUGCAGCAACAGAGUUGCAUAGUAACAUCACCAAACACCGCGAGCGGCGCAAGCAAGGAGUACCGGAUACCGCAAGCGCCGACCAGAUCGUUCUUGACAUCGCCAAACAACAAUUCUUCGACGCGCACUCCGAUCGAGAAGAAUUUUUCCUCGAAAAAUUCGCAGUCUUCCCUAUCGCCCGGUCAGAAUGCCAUCCAGACCAAGGCGCAGACGAAAAUUUACCCGGAACUGCAGGCGCAGGCCGAGAGGAAUCGGCCUAGCGAAGAAGCCACCACGCAGAAUAGUCCUAUCAGUUUUUCCAUUAUGGAUUCGCCAGGAAGGUUGAAUUAUUCUGGUAGCAACAGUUCGGGAAAAAGACCGCCACAGUUCCAGCACAACUAUAGGCAUUAUCAACAGCCGCAACCGAAUAACACAUCCGAAGAAUUCCAACGGCCCAAAAGUGGUUCCGAAUAUCCUUCCAAUGGUCAAGACUGUAACGUGGUAGUACCGCGCAGACCAAGUCCGCUACAGGCACAUUCACAGGCCUCCCCCAUUGGACACGCGCAGAGUCCUGCCUAUCCACUGUAUAACAGUCCCCUAAAUUCAAUGUCAUCGCCACAGCAGCAACAAACUUCCAGCGGAACUUCGCCUUUGGACGCGUCACUUCCGCGCAGCAGCAGCACUCAAGCGGCUGGACAGAACGUCGCCUACCCCAGUGUCAUAAUAACAAGAGCUUUAAAUUCUGAUAAUAAAUCCUUCCCAGAAAGAUAUGAGCGAAAUGCUGCUCAACACAACAGCCAAAUAGACUCUCAAACAUCUUCGUCGCAGCAAGCGAAUUGCAACUGGAACGAGCAGCGGCAACGCAAGUUCCAAAACAAUCAGUACGCUGGCGCUCAGCAGCCGCAACCGGGCAACAAUGUGGAAAUCGCGCGGCACAUCGAAACCCAAAGAAACUUGGGCAACUCGGAACGGCAGCAAACUUAUUUCGAUUCCACCGGCGCCCACCAGGUGACUCUGCAGGACUUGUCCAGUUGCAGAGGCGACCCUAUGAGCAUCGUAAAGAAUUUGCAGCAGCAACAGAGUUGUCAAGUUCAGGAAAUUAAGCAAGAAAUCAAAAAACCAGUGAAAAGAAGGUUGAGCAAUGAAAAACCACCUGCUGUACCAGCAGAUGUUCAUGUUACCAAUCGAAUUCCUCCACCAGCUCACACUCCAGCAAGCCAGCAGCAACAAAACGGCGCCUAUUUCGACUUCGAAAGGUGGAAUCUACCUCCGCCACAAAAGAUUUUUGCCACCCAAGCCAUGCAUCAGCAACACCAAGGUCUUAUGGUACCUCAUCCUCACGGUCACCCGGGUCAUCCGUUGCCAUACUUCGCCCCGUUCCACAUUCCCCCGCCAAGCGAGUUCAACAGCAAUGUAGAACUGACGACGCUGACGACGUACAGCGAGCAACAGCAACAACAUCAGUCUGCUGCGCACUAUCAGCAACCACAGCCUGCGCAGGAGGACCAACCCAAAGUUGUCGUUCCCAACAUCGAGGAGGAACUUAAUUUUUUAUCAGAAGGUACGGUUAGAGCGCCAUCAUCGAACUCGGCGUCGCUGGCGAAAGCGAACAAUUCGCAACCGAAUGCUGCAGCGGGCGGACUCGGUAAACCGGACGCCGCAAGCGGACCUGGAGCCGGUUUCAUGUCCAGCUAUCUGAAGUUUCUGCAAGGCGAGCGCGAUUCGUCGCCUCCGCCAAUCCAGAGGGGCGGAAGAAAGACCAACUGGACCAGGACGGCGGUCAAGCAGGAAGGCGGGGUUGCCGCACCAGAGACCAAUGGGGUCGUUGCAAACAAGCAUCCUACUCCAAACAUACCACCAGUUACACCAAUUGUGCCUCCUAUCACCAGGCUAUCGCAAGGUGAUCCCCAAGAUGAUCCAAGGUAUUUCCCCCUACCAAAGGAAAGAAAAAGGAACAGCUUUGACUCUGAUUCUGACAAUGACUCAGAUGAUGGUUUCUUCAGUUCAGGAAGGAAAAGCUUAUCAAUGCCUCCAUGUAAGAGUGAAAACAAGGAAAGAGAUAGGAAAAAUGAUAAAGAAAGAUCGUCAAGGAAAGGCAGACCCUGUAAACCUGGAGGACCAACAGAGAGGAGGAGGCUCAAACAAAUGGCAAAGGAUCGUUUGAAAUACGGUAGAGACCGUGAUGUCAUUGAUGAGGAACUUCCAAAAAGAGAAACGAGCAAAAGGGCAGCUAAAGAGAAAAAAAAUCUUCAUGCCUUGAUGAAAGACGAGGAACCUGAUGAACCCGCCGAAUUUCAGGACUCUGAUUCUGACCCGGCGUGGACACCGCUGGCCAAAACCGAAGAAGAAGACAUCGUUUUACCGCUGAAGAAAAACAAGAAAAACCGACACGGUUUAAAACAGAAGAAAGGCGUGAAAAAUCUUAUAGCGGCGGCGGCUCAGGGAGCAGGAAUUAACGAAAGCGACAUGUACAGUAGCGAUUUGGCCAGCAAAAAACACAAAAUCAAAGCAAAAGUUGGAGGGGUGCCUCCAACAUUAGAAGACAAUAUUGCUGCAUCCAUGCAUAAUGCUGCAGCACUUGAUGAAAAUCCUUUUAAGACUGGCGAAUUUCUGGCAAUAAAAGCAGACUUAAAUCAAGAAUGGCCACCAAUUUGGAGGGUGGACGGUAAAACGUUAUUACAAAAAUAUGAACCUUUUGAACAGAAUGGCUGUACUCUCUAUAGGAAUAUAUCAACGUAUACGUCUUGGACGUCAGAGAGUAAAAAGCAAUACAUUUCAAUACCAGUAAAAUGUAAGUCGCAAGGUUCCAUGGAAACAAUAGUAGAGUUUUUGAAGAAAGAAAUAACAAUAAUAGAUCCUAUACAAGAAGAAAAAUGUAUGAAGGAGUUCGAAUUUUACCAAGACAAUUUUGAAGUCUACAUACAAACCUUAAUAUCCCAAGCUUUGGACAGCAAUUUCCUUAUGGAAAUAUUUAGUGAGAAAGACGAAUACUUUUUGUUGAAUGUCAGAACAAUAGAUGAGAUAGCCGAGAGUAAAAAAUCCAAGUUACUAUCAAUAUUGAGGUGGCCUUCAUCAGUACAAGCUGCUGUGUGUACUUGGCCAUGCUUUAACGUUAUUAGAGAGGUUUCUGAUGCCCAAUUAAAAAAGUGCCAUGCUUGUGGAAAAAAAGAGGUUUCCGUGCGAGUUUUGAUGUACGGACAGCCUUAUAAUUCCACUACUUUGGAGGGUUGUCAGCCUGAUCCUACAGCAAUGAAUGAAAAAGAUUUCCUAAUGUGUCGGUUAUGUGCAAGUAGAGUAGAGUUAUCAAAUAAAAUAACCCAUCAAAAAUAUCUAAUGUAUAUAGAGUGUGCAAAAAAAGUGACAGAAAAACGCGGUUUGGAUCCAAAUAAGGAUACGACGUGUAUUUUAAAUGAGCUGCUAGCUGACGAAGCCUGGUUAACUACGCUGUUUUUCAACGUGCGUCAAUUGUGGGCGGAAAUAGACUGUAUAGAGCACAGCUUGAAUAGUAAUGUAGUGUAACAGUGAUAUUAGUAGAAGAAAGUGGUGGACAUUUCAACAAUCAAAAAUGUGAUUUUUGAAAAAGAACUUUAUCACUAUAAAUGGCGCGUUAUUUGCGACCCCUUUGUAUAUUAUGAAAUUUUAAGAGAGUUUAUAUGUAUUAUUUUGUACUGUAUCUUUUUUUAUUUAAAAUCUUUAUAAAAUAUGACACUGGGAAUAUCAAUGAAUUUUUUUUGGUAUUAAAUUAUAAUGUAUAAAAGUGCUACUAUACUCAAUAGAUUUAGUGAUUUUUUUUGAUUCAUUAAAAAAAUACAACACAAAUAUAUGUAUAUAUACAGUAACAGUCCUUUUUAUUAUCUGAAAAAUGCAUUGUAUCAGAUUAUGCCAGAUAUUAGAUUUUUGCAAUGCACAGUGUCAGAUUUUAAAUGAAUUAAAUAAAUUGUCUGUUCAUCAUUUUUCUUUGCUAACGAUGCUUCCGGCAUUUAAAAUCUUGUUUUACCCAAAACACACUGAAAUAUUCCAUAUUUUUUCUACUAGGUAUUUAUAUCCUUUGGUGCAAUCAAAAUUGUAAAGUUUAAUAAUCUGUGUAUAUCAGUAGACUAUCUCUUAAAAUAUAUAAAGCUGUGCUUCAUUUUUUAGUGCUCAUAAAUCGAAUUUUUCCUUUUUGAAAAGUGAUAAUGUAAUUUUUAUUAAUUUUCCAUUCGUUAUUGUACAGGAGCACACCAACUCAUUUAAUAAAAUCAAUUAAUAUUUGUAUCAUUAUGUUUUAUUAUUACCAUACCAUUAUUGGACAAAACAG